AACAAACAACGCAUGUCCCGUGAAAUUGAAUUAAUUAAUUGCAUUUCCUUCCUUCCUUCCUCUGUAGCAUAGCAUAGUACCUUUCCACCUUUAACCAAUUCCAAUUCAACAUCUCUGUUUUCUUUUCUUGGUUAUAUCAUCAUCAUAUUUAUAACAUAACAUUAACACUUAGUAACUUAUAAGAAUAAGAAUAAGAAAAAUAAAGUAAAGUAUAGUUGGUGAGGGAAUUAGAAUUACUACCAGAAUAAGAAUUUAGAAAUGGCGGCGAGAACCGUGAAACGCCGCCACGUGUCGACCAAGCUAAGCGGCAAGCUUUUAAUUCUCUUCAGCGUUUCAAUCUUCUGCGUCGUCGUUUUAGUUACCUUAGCUCUUUUCACACUUAACUCCAAUUCUAGCUCUACAAUUCGAAGAAUUUCCAACGUCGUUUUUGAUGGUCCUCCAAAAAUCGCUUUUUUAUUCCUCGUUCGUCAAAAUAUUCCCCUUGAUUUUCUCUGGGGUGCUUUCUUUCAGAAUGGUGAUGUAUCGAAUUUUUCGAUUUAUGUUCAUUCGACGCCAGGGUUUUUGUUGGAUGAGUCUACAACAAGGUCUCAUUUUUUCUAUGGUCGACAACUUAGUAAUAGUAUUCAGGUUUUAUGGGGAGAAUCAAGUAUGAUUCAGGCUGAAAGGCUGUUACUGUCCGCGGCUUUGGAAGACCCUGCAAAUCAAAGAUUUGUUCUUCUCUCAGAUAGUUGUGUUCCUCUGUACAACUUUUCCUAUGUAUACAAUUAUAUCAUGGUUUCUCCGAAGAGUUUCGUGGACAGCUUUCUUGAUGCGAAAGAGGGUCGCUACAACCCAAAAAUGUCACCUAAGAUACCAAGGGAAAAAUGGCGUAAAGGGUCCCAGUGGGUCACCUUAGUUCGUAAGCAUGCAGAAGUGAUUGUUGAUGAUGAUAUUAUCUUCUCUGUCUUUAAGAGAUACUGUAAGAGGCGUCCACCAAUUGAUACCAGAAAGGGAAAGCUGAAUCUUAAACUUCAGAAGCAGCAUAACUGUAUUCCAGAUGAGCACUACGUGCAGACAUUGCUUGCACUGCACGGCCUUGAAGGUGAACUUGAACGCAGAACAGUGACCUAUACUUUGUGGAACCAGUCGACAACAAAAACAGAUAAUAAAGGCUGGCAUCCUAUGACCUUCAGCUAUGCAAAUGCUGGGCCUAAAAGGAUAAAGGAAAUAAAGGACAUCAACCAUGUUUAUUAUGAGACCGAGUACCGGAUAGAAUGGUGUCACACCAAUUCAACCUUCGUUCCGUGUUUUUUGUUUGCUAGGAAGUUCUCUCGAGGAGCAGCUAUGCGCUUGUUAGGGGACGGAGUUAUUGACCAUUUUGAAGUUUCUGCAUUGCUAGCUAAUAAUAACCCAUGAGACGUGAAACUCGUGCUUUUGUCCAUACAUCUCUUUAGCCGUACUGAUAUCCCACUGACUUGCUUAGACAUAUACUUCCAACGUUCAAUGGAAUCACUUCAGGUUAUACACAUCAUACUGCACACAGAUUUUGAAGGAAAGUUUGUAGCUUUGGUUGAAAUAGUUAUUACGAUGUGAAAAGCUGCUAGGAUCAUAUUAUCUGGCUCAGUAAGAGGUUUUGUAAAUCAAAACACAAUUGUAACAGUGAUCAGUCACAGAGUAGGAUGUCAGAAUAUAGCAUAAAAAGAAGCAUUCUUUUAAUAUUUAAAAAUUUUAUUUUUUAUAGAUGCAA